GUUCAACUAGGCACACUUCCACAGUGCGCAUGCGCAAUAACCCUAUCCUUCGUGAUGUACCACGGGAGUUGUAGUCUCAAUGCGCUCUUGGCUUCUCGACUCCCAGGAUGCAGUGGUAGUUCCACCCUCCGAUGAGUAGGCAAAUUUCAUUGGUUGGUUCGUUGCCUCAGAGCACAGCCCUGCUUCGCCUGAGGAUCGUCAUGUCUGGAAUCAAUCGCAAAGAAAAGAAAUAUGCUAAGAAGAUGAGAAACCAACCUAGCAAUGUCACCUUUUCUUCGUAUGGUCCAGGGGCUGGUAGAUCUGGAAUAGAGUCAGUUGAAUCUCAGUCAGAUAUCAACUAUAGAGAACAGCAGAGAGGGUCACAUGGAGGAUAUUGCCACAGAAGCCAAGGAACUGAUCGUAAACAUCUUCAAAAUGUUCCCAAAUUCUUAUUUGCAAAAGACUUUGCUCAGUACCGUGCAGCAGAAAUCAGUGCCAUGUUAAAAGCAGUAGCACACAAAUCAAACUCUCAGUUUCUGCAGUCCCUACCACCACAUUUGCGCAGAAGAGCAAUGAGUGAUAAUGUUAAACGUCUUCCUCGAAGGCUCAGAGAAAUUGCAAAGAAAGAGAUGGAAAAGAUUGCCCACUUGAAAAAAGAACAAUCAAAGAGCAAGUCUCGCAAAGCCCGUCGACGACAUGGGAAUUUGUUACUGGAAUUUAACCGAAGACAAAGAAAAAACAUUUGGCUGGAAACUCACAUAUGGCAUGCAAAAAGAUUCCAUAUGGUCAAAAAGUGGGGAUACUGUUUGGCCAAUAAACCAACUAUUAAAAGUUAUAGAGCGUGCUAUCGUGCUAUGACACACCAGUGCCUACUUCAGGAUUUGUCUUACUAUUGCUGUUUGGAACUGAAUGGAACACAGGACAAUCUCUUGAAAGCUUUGGCACCUUUGAGCGGCAGAGAAGCGGGUACAACAUUUGCCUCUGUGGACUGUUUGUCAGGAAAACGGCAAGGGUCAUUGGUUCUCUACAAGGCUGAGCAAUAUCCUGAGAAGCCACUGGGUCCCAUUACGUUCUUAUGGCGGUCCAAAGCAGAACCUGAAAACCACUUUGAAAACAGGCAGCUGUGGAUUUGGGCGCAUCCAGUACUUAAAAUGGAUAUAUUAACUGAGCUUCAGUUGGCCUGCCAAUGUUUAGAUGGUUCUUUACCUGAACCAGAUCCUAGUGAACACAGCACUUCAACACGGCAGGGAGCUGGUUUGAAAAGAAAGCUGCAGGAUAAACACGGAGAGGAGGUCAUACCCAAGAAAAAAGUAAUAGGCAAUAGUACCAGAGAUCCCUUGACACCGGUGUCUUGGACAUCAUUAACUACUGGCAUUAUAAUAGAAGAUCUGACAAUGGAAAUUCUGAGGUAUCGACUGAUUGGACCCCUAUCUCAUUCUGUGAUAGCUGAAGUUUUGCAACCUGCUGUUGUCAUGGAAAACUCUGAAGUGACAGAAGCGACAGAAACAAGAGCUUUGCCCUGCUGGUGGUCACAAUAUUGCAGGAAUUCUGAGGAUGUGGCUCUUCAUAAUCGUCAAGGGGAUUUCCUUCAAUUACUUUCUGGUAUUACUUCACCAGCAGAAAUUUCAGCAGGGUCUGUACUUGGACUUACUGUGAGGGAUCCUCGACUAAACAUACCCGAGAAAAGAACCACAGCACUGCCUGACCCAUCAAAGUUUAAAGGUAGCACCCAUGAUCUGGAAAAAGAAAAGGAGCUGUCUCUUAAAGGACUUCCGGCAGAAUGUGCUCAGAGUCAGAUCUGGGAUCGGAACAUUCGCAAUUUUGUUACAGAAACUAAAAUUUCCGAACAGGAGCUAAAUCAGAUGAAAAGCAAGCUCUUAGUCCCUGGAUCUCAGCUGAAUCUGGGGCUACGGGAAUCUAAGAUUCCCAUCCUGCUGGUGCAGCAACCGGGGAAAGUGGCUGGAAAGGAGCACAUCGGUUGGGGGAGUGGCUGGGAUAUCCUAUUCCCAAAAGGAUGGGGAAUGGCAUUCUGGAUUCCUCUGAUCUAUAGGGGUAUACGAGCAGGAGGUUUGCAAGAAGGAGUUAAGCAUUCUCAGUAUCAGGGAAUCCCACAUUUCCCUGAUGAUUUUCCAGACUGUCCAGCUGGCAUGCGGCACAGUGAGGAGACUGAGAAAGAGCUAAUGGACAAAUACAAGAGAUAUCCACCUGCCAAGAGACCCAACUAUAUCCACUAUGGCACCAUGACUCCAUUUCGUUGUCCUUGGCAGCAACUUGUAGAGGAAUGGGAAGGAAAGUGCAAAGCUAACAGUGUCAAACCUACUCUCUUUGGCAAAGAAACAGAGCUAACUUCUGAAGUGCAGAACUCAAAGGAUAGUCCAGUUUGUGUAGAUGAAGGAAAAAUGCCCAAACAGUCAUCAAAUAACGAGAAAACUCCUGAGCCUGGGGAGGAAAUGGAAGAGGAUUCUGAAAAUGUUGUUCUUGGGCCAACAAUUUCAAGCACUAAAGACAUUCCAGCAGAAAGUGGUCAUGUUUCUGUACUAAGGAGCAGAAAGUUAUUGAAGCAAUUAUCUGCAUGGUGUCGCCCCACAUCAAGCCGUGGUCAGCAAGCUAAACUCGCCCGUGGGUCCCUGCAAGUGCAGAUGGCUGCAGAUGUGGUGAAUUCCAUUGUGUGCUCCUAUCCCCGGUUCCUUGUCUGGGCCAGACUCUCAUCAUUGACAAAGGGCUGUCCCAUUGCCAAUGCAACAAUUUGUAUUCCUUCUGAGGAAGACCUCCAGUUUGCAGCCUCUGAGCCUCAGAGAUGUGCUCCUCAAGAACCAAAGCACAGAGACCCCUACAAACGGCAAAUUAAAAUCUUGAAGAAAAAGAAAGGAGCUUUGUCAAAAGUUCAAGAAAGUGGCUCUGGAGGACAGGACUUCGAAUCAGUUUCAAAUUAUCAAAAGGACUUAGUUCUAGGCUUGUGGCCUGAUCCACCACAGGAUGUGAUGUCCCACUGCUCCAGACUUGCAAUUGGAUAUGUAAGCCAAGGGGAUUUUUCACUGAAUGUAGGCUGUGGGGAAGCCUUGGCAUUUGUUAGCUUAUUAGGACUCUUGCAUAUGCUGUCCAAUCAACCGGCAGAGAAGCGUGGCUUGGUACUGGUGAGGAAUUCCGCUUCCCUGCAGUAUCGCCUCGCAAAAAUAAAUAUUGAAGUUUAAAAAGAUGCUACUAGAUACUUGUGCAAGUUUCAGGCGGUAUCUCAAAGCUUGUCUGAAGUUCACUGUUUACAUUCUCUCUCCAAUGGCCAGAGCUCUUGUCUUCAAUUAAAUGGUACAUCCUGUUAAGCUGAGUUUGAAUUCUGAUGCUAAUUGACUCAAAGAUAACUCUCUGAACAGAUUUGUUUCUUAUUUGCUAUUUCCAGCCAUGCAGUGCUGACAAGAUUGCCUUGCAUUGAUCUGCACGUAGUUGAAAUUCAUUGUGACUGCAAUAUAUUUUACUGACAUUAAACUGAACUCUUGU